AUGAAUUUCGAUUUGCCAGCAGAUCUCCAAGCUCAUUUAGAGUCUAUAGAUUCUUUUAUUCACUCAACUAUUCUCCCGUUGCAGCAUUCAGACGACAAUAACCGCUUCUUCGAUCACCGUCGUGAUUUAUGGGGGCAGUCACAUCCAAACGUGAACGUAUGGAUGUCCGCUAUUCGCUAUCACUUGUCCCCAAAUGCUGUGUAUGGUGGUGGUUUGGGGCUAGCCAAUGAUCUACAGAACGAGCAUAGUAUUGUUGGAAAUUUCCCGGAUAUUUUGAUGCUUCACCAUUUUGGCAACCAACAACAAAAGGAUACCUUGAUUCCUGCACGUCUGCGGGGUGAAUUCCGAACAACAUUCGGUCUUACUGAGCCCGGCAAUGGAAGCGAUGCAACAUUCAUGUCUACUACCGCUCGUCAAAUUCGGGGAUGGUUUGAGAUCACGGGAGCAAAGAAGUGGCAGACAGGGGCGCAUCACUGUGCCCACUUUCUCAUCUUUGCGCGAACUUCUGGCCAAGAAGGAUCAGCACGAGGCAUUACUGCCUUCUUAGUCCCUCGUGAUACAAAAGGGUUGCGCAUUGUUAGUUACGAGUGGACGUUGAACAUGCCCACCGACCACGCAACGGUGGAACUGGAUAGUGUAUGGGUUCCUGGAUCGGCGGUUUUGGGAUCGGUCGACCAGGGGCUAGCCAUCGCCCAGACAUUUGUGCACGAGAAUAGAAUUCGUCAAGCAGCCAGCUCCUGUGGGGCUGCGCGAUACUGCCUGGAUCGAAGCAUCGAGCGCGCACGGGCGCGGAAGGUAUGGGGAGAGGGAAAGACUCUGGCCGAUAAUCAGGCUAUUCAGUUCCCGGUCGUUGAGUUGAUGACACAGGUGGAGAUGUUGCGACUAUUUAUCUUGAAGACAAGCUGGGAGAUGGACCGAAUUGUGGCGGAGUGCCAGUCGUCCAAGACCCAGCGAGCGCCGUGGGUUGAAAUUGAGCGCCGUCUUUCGGAUCAGGUGGCUAUGUGUAACUUCUGGGCAAAUCGAUUAUGUUGUCAAGCUGCUGACCGAGCAAUUCAGAUCCAUGGGGGUGAUGGAUACUUUCGUCACUACCCCUUUGAACACAUAUAUCGUCAUUUCCGUCGGUAUCGGAUCACGGAAGGCUCAGAGGAGAUCCAAAUGCGCAAGAUUGGAGCAUACAUAUUUGGAUUUGCUGGUCCAAAGAAAAAGGACAUGGAACAUGCUGAGCGUGAAAAGGCCAAGAUUUGA